GCGAGGCGACGCGAACGGCAAGAUGCGCUGGUGCUCGCUCGCUGCCCUCUGCGCAGCCCUCGCCGUCGCCGCGCUGCGCCCUCCGCAGGCGGUGGCCGAGCCGGGCGAUGGCCUGAUGGUGCCUGGCAAGCGGUACGUGGCCGCCCUGGCGCGCAACGGCGAGCUGCCGCUGUACGGCGGCUGGCGCAAGAAGCAGCAGCGCGGCGACAAGCGCUACACCAACCGCUACGGCAAGAGGGGCGCCGCCGCAGACUUCGAGGCCGACGACGACGAGCCAGAGUCAGGGGUGGACGCUCUGCUGGAGGAGAUAGCGGCCACGGAGCAGCUGCGACACCUGCAGCUGGACGCGCUGCGGCGCGAGCUGGACGCGCAGGAGGCGCGCGAGGAGCAGGCCGUGCUGGAGGCGGCGGAGGCCGAGGCGGAGGCGGAGGCAGCGGAGGCGGAGGGCGGCGGAGAAGAGGGCGCAGACAAGCGCAGCGUGGCGUCGCUGGCACGCGCGGGCGCGCUGCUGCCGGGCGCGGGCAAGCGCAACAUCGCCGCCAUGGCCAAGAACGGCCUGCUCAGCCCCAGCGGGCCCGUGCUCCUGGACGGCGACGGCAACGGCGGCGAGAAGCGCUCGGUGGGCGCGCUGGCCAGGGGCGGCCUGCUGCCCACGCCCGGCAGGAGGGGCGCCGCCGACGACGACGACACCGACGACGACGACCUCUCAUUGGACAGCCUCAUGCAGCAGCUCUACAGCGAGGAGGAGAAACGGCACAUCGGCUCGCUGGCCCGCGACUACUCGCUGCCGUCCUUCGGCAAGCGCAACCUGGGCUCCCUGGCCAGAAGCGGUGGGCUCUCCAACGUGCGCUACGUCACCACCAAGAAGGACGACGCGGAGCGCGUGGGCGGCCACUCCGCGGCCGACAAGCGGAACCUCGCCUCCUUCAUGCGCAGCCGCGGCUCUUCACUGGUUGAGAAGCGCUACCUGGCAUCGCUGGUACGCAGCCACGGACUGCCCUACCCGCUGACCAAGAAGGAGGACGACGGCCCGGGCGAGAUCAAAAGGAACGUUGGCGCCCUCGCACGCAACUGGAUGCUGCCCUCCGGCAAGCGAGCCUCAGACGACGACCAGGAGGUGGAUAAACGCUACCUGGCCUCCGUGCUGCGCCAAGGCCGUUCCGACGGCUUCCGCCAGAACAGCGACGGCGCGCAGGACGCGGCUCACGAGGAAGAGAAGCGGCACGUGGGCUCCCUGGCCAAGAGCGGCAUGGCCAUCCACAAGAAGACCAGCAGGUCCGCGGGCAGCGACGGCCAGGCGUUCCUCCAACAGCAGCAGCAGCAGGAGCAGGGUGGCGCGCAUGCGCAGGACGCCGCCGGCAACAAGCGCAGCAAGCGCCAGGCCUACCUGCUACCCCCCGCACCCCCACAGUCCCUGGCCCCGGCCCCUGGAGAGUUCCCCAUGCCCGUCCUCCAGAACAAUGACGACGCCCUUGACUACGGGGACCUGCUGGAUCUAAUGUCAGAUGUGCUAGGCGCCCCAGAGAAGCGCUUCCUCGGUGUGCCCCCGGCGGCGGCGGACUACGGCAAGCGGCACAUCGGCGCCCUGGCGCGCCUCGGAUGGCUGCCCUCCUUCCGGGCGGCCCCUGCGCGCAGCGGACGCUCUGCGGGCUCCCGCUCCGGAAAAAGGGCCACCAGGUCGCAUCCCGCAGAUGGGCCGUGGCCGGCAGAGCUCCAGCAGGCCUAGAGACGGAGAGCGGCCGGGGACUCGCGCGCCGCCGCAGGCGCGCCUCAUCUGAGGCUUGCUGCAACCCGCCACGCUUAACCCUACCCACGAGAUACAUGGCGUAGCUGAUCCAUGUUCCUCCCAACGCUGUUCGCUCUCUGCACUUCAACUCUGUCAACGUCGACGCGCAAAUUUAAUGACAAACAGGAAUAGUUACUUGUUGUGCAUUUAAGAAUAACAUCUAUAUGUAAAUUAUUCUGUAGAAAAGUUUCACUUGUAUCUCAAAUAAAAGUAUUGCAGUCGAGAUACUAUACCUAAAAUAUGUGUAUAACUUCCUGUAGAAACUGUCUGUAAAAUUUAUGUAAGUGUAUAUACAGAAUUCUCUGAUAAACUGCUGUGCUAUGACAUUAAAUUCUGGAAAUGUAAUCAACCCUUGUGAAAAAAAAUUUCUCGCAGAGAAACAAAUGUAUAAUGAUAGGACGCCAUACUUGAAAGUAUUUUCUUUAAAUUAAUGUUGUAGUCCUUAAAACAGAACAGAAGGUGAAAAAAUUCUAACUACAUUCACAUACUGAAAAGUUUGUUUACUCCCACUAUCAUGGGGCCAAAACGGUAGUUAAGUCCUGAACUGUACCAUGUACACAGGCUUUCUUAACAUGCUAAACAUAUGUUCCUCACUUCCCCUACAUAAUAUUUAUGUUAAGUCAACUUCAGAGCCUAAUACUGAUCACAAAAGCACUCUGAUUUUGAUUAUAAAUGGGAACUCCAUCGUUUUAUUUUCUUGCAUAGUUCAUAUAUGUAAACAAAAAGAUGCCAUGCAUUUUUUAAAUGUAUCUAUUAUGUUUUAGCUCCUUCAUGUGCUUGCAUACACGUAAUCUACGCAGAGUUAUCUAUGACAAUAAUCCAUGAUACUUCAUUUCAGAAAAUUUGUGACAGUAUUGUAAAGAUGAUGUGAAUAUAAAUGACAAUAAGCAAAUCAGUCAGUCAGACAUCUAAAAAAUUAUAUAACUUAAUUAAUUUUAUAUUUAGUACCAAGUUUUUCCGUCACCUGGAUCAACUUUUAGAAGAAAGAGUAUAGGCCCAGUAUAACCUGUAUCGAAGUAGUUUUGUGUGACGUUGCAAGAAUACUUGCUGAAAAUCUGUAUAUGUUUAGGUAGAUUCGAAUCGAUGUCUGUAAUUUAAAACAGAAAGCAUAAAUAAAUAAAUAAAUGUUA